AACGCUGGGUAAUAAUGCAACGAGUGCGGCUAGCGAAGGAAAGACAGUUUUCAUGAUGAUGUGCCAAGUUGGGAAGGGAAAGGAUAUGCACGACGGCAACCCAACGGCUAGUCUGUUUUAUACCGUUGACAAUGGAAAACGAGUGAUUACACCCGGCAGAAUAUACGAUUGGCCCAAGAUGUCGGAAACGAUCUUUCUGCUCGUUGAGCACCGACAAAGGCUCAUUGUCGGUUUGAACGGGACGGUAGCCAGAACAAUUGGUCAAUCAACGGAACGGUGCGGCGGACCGCUUCUAAUUCGUUCUGGGAUAGAAUUACAGGAGAGCAUGUCGAACAACACCCCUAUUUGA